AUGCCGAAGCUACUCGUAUCUGCUCCAGUCAAUUGGCGGCGGGUGCUUCCCUUGGUAUACAUUUACCGCGGAGACGCCGUACUUCAUGUCUGCUCCAGUCAAUUGGCGGUGAAAAACACUCCUAACAAUUCACCCACGACCGAGCGACCGAAGGAAAGACCACAAAUAAACCGACAAAACGAUGAAGCGCCACCAAAACGACGAGGGAUGCACCACCAGAACAACGAAGGAAGCAUCAUCAAACCGACGAAAGAAACGCCACUAGAACGACGAAGAAAACACAAAGAAAGACCAUUAUAA